CAUCACAUGCUGGCGUGAAGAGGCUCGGAAGUGUAUCAAGGAAGCCCCGCCCUCCUGUCCUCUGUUUCCAGGCAACCCCACAUCCCUCGCGCCGCGUUACGUCAACAGGUCUGUGAUCGUCGAUCCUAAACUGCCCCGAACGCUUCACGUGGACAUUAAAAACGAACGCUUGUGUGGAGAUAAUCUGAAUAAAUCAACCCAGGUGUCAUCAGUGAAGAGCGUGAAGAUGAAACUUAAUUCACCAUCUGUGCUGUGCCUGUCACUUAUUUUGCUUUACACCCAUUCAUCGCUGGCUAAGAAAAUAGGGGGUGGCUUCGGGAAAAUCUUCAGCUCAAAGAAGUUUCCUACAUGGUACCGAGGUAACAGCCACACUUUCACCAAAACAGGCCACAAGAAUAAUCAGGGCUCCAGGUCUGUGGGAGGAUACCUCAAACAGCCUGGACAAAACCCUCAAGGAGGCAGACCUGGGCAGUAUCCUGUACAGGGAUCCCCAAUUGGAAGAGGUCAUAGAAACCAGGGAGGUUAUCCGGGUGGAUAUGUCAAUCAAAACCCAAACAACAAAAUCCUGAGCCCUCGUUAUGGCGGCAGCUUUGGUUAUGGAGGCUACGGUGGUGGUGGUGGCGGCGGCUCUCCCUUUUCCCACUCCGUUCAGGCAAUGGGCGUCCAUCCCCAAGAUAAAUCCAGAGGGUUUGGACGCAGUGGAGUCAUGGCAGUAGCUGGAGGCGCUAUGGCAGGAAUGGCCCUGGGCUAUGGGUUAGCAAGGUUCCCUCGCCCUCACUUCAACUUCCACAGCCCAGAGGAGGAAUACUACUACAACCACUACAUGUACAGGAGAUAUGGUGUCAGGUCCACUGAUACCAAUGACUACAGCAGGGACUACAAGUACAGCCAACCCACGGAGACCUAUGACGACUUCAUGGACUCAUGCAUGAAGAGAACAGACCUUCUGCCUGGGGAAAAUCCAAAGCCCAACUCUGCCACCACUACAGUGAUCACCACUGACCCUGGCAGCAACAGUACUGCAGCAGGAGACCACCUGACCUCUGCACCAACAAGUCCCAACCCUCUACAGGAGUCUGAAGCCAGACCUGACGAAGAUGAUGAUGACACAGUCAGUAUCGAGGAGAUCGGAUAUCCCGCACUGAUUGAGCAGAUGAAGGCCAGGAAAUGUUUGGAGAUCUACAUGGUUUACUCUGAAAAGUACUUAAUGAGACAGAGUUCAGGGGUGCAGGGACUGAAGAUGAGCCUGGGAGGGUUUUUAUCCAUGGUCAGCAGUGUCGCAGUGAUGCUGUUGACCAGCAACUGACGCCUGCCUUGAUUGACUGGAAAGCGAUAAAGAAGAAUUUAACUAGCGAGAGGACAGGAAGAGGUUAGAUCAUAAUUGCUUCUUGCUCUUUGGCAGAGAGGGUCAUUAUCUGUGAUCUGGUUAAUUAAUUAAUUAAUUAAUUAAUUAAUUAAUUAAUUGAAUGUGGUGGUGUCCAUUAGAAAUUAGCCAUACGAAUGAAUGGAACUACCUUUAACUCAAGUCUCUAUGUUUGAAAACAUAUGAGAAAUCAAUCUUUCAUAAAACAUUGUAUUUACACUAAAGAUGUGUCCAGACUUGUCUCGUCCAUUUUGUCCCAGAUGGACAAAAAGCACCUGACAAUACAGUUUUUGCACCUGGUAGAGGUUAAAGUAUCAGAUAUUCUGACACUGGUCUGCUUUUAGUAGACCGACCUGGACUACAAUGGAGCUUUCAUCACACCCAUCAGUAUCCCCCAUCUCCCUGCUAACAACCCCACUGUAGUGAUGUGUCGUUCGUGAACGAUUCAUUGAAAAUGAACUAAUCUUUUGUAUGACUCGGGAGUAAAGAGUCGUCUCAGUGAGUGAUUUGUUCAUUUUCAUGCAGUACUUUCCUUCGCCACAUGAUGGCAGGCAGCUGCAUAAGCUCAGCCCGACAGGAAACAGAAAUGAUGAGUUCAGGAGUCACUCAACCGAGUGGUUUGUUCGUUCAUUUUCAUGCAGAUCCGAGUCAGUAAGAAGAGUCGAACUUCCCAUAACUACCCCACUGAUUAUGCAGACAAAGAGUAAGACUUUUUUUAAUCCUGUGGUGUCUAACUCGCUCUAACUCGCACUUUAAUCAAAAGCACUUCAAAUCAAAUCAAAUAAAUAACCUUCUCCCUUUCUCCUUCAACCAUCUCUUCAUUCCCUCUCAGACAGAUCAGCGCUUUGCUGGCUGGCAUCGACGCAGUUUGGUUUUCUUUUAUGACUUCUUUGAUAACAUUUCCUUUCUCUCCUUCGAAGCCCUAGUAAGAGACCACAAUAUUCCACAAUCUCACUUCUUCAGAUAUCUUCAGGCUCGCAGUUUUGCCUCCAAACAUUUCCCAAUCUACCCCAAGCCGCCAAACAAAGAUUCCACAUAUGAUUUGCGAAAUCUCGAUCCUUGGAACAGGGGUCUGAUUUCCAAGGCAUAUAACAUUAUUCACAAUAUAGACCCUCCAUCAUACACUAAAACCAGAGAAAUCUGGGAACGAGACCUGGGAAUAUCAAUUCCUGAUAUUGUCUGGGCUCAACAACACAGGUUGCAUUAUUCCAAUGACAGGCUAGCCAAAAUAUACCCAUCUGUUCUCCCCACCUGUCCUAGGUGUGGCAGCCCAGUGUCACUGGGCCACAUGUUCUGGUCCCGCCUUCCCUAGUUGAUUUUUGUUUGUUUAUCAGUUUUAUGCAAAGCAUCUCUCAAACCCAAUCCGCUCACUGCUGUAUUUGGAACCAUAUCCCCAGAAAUACAGUAUAUACCACUAAUGCUUAAAAGAGAGCAUUAGCAUUCUAAUGAAUUGGAAAUCUAACAAAUGCCCGUCCUUCAGGAGGUGGAUCCAGGAGAUGUUAUCUCUACUCCAGCUAGAAAAAAUAAGGCACACAUUGAAGGGUUCCUGUGACGCAUACACCAGAGUGCGGUCUCCCUUUGUCGAGUAUGUGAAGGAGUUAAAUCUGUAACGUGUCAUGUUAUUUAAAUGCUUUCUCUGUUUGUCUGACUGGCCUAUUGAUGUCAUGCUUCUGUAGUAUCUCUGGAUCUAUUUUUUCCUCACUCAUGGCCCAAGGGAGGGAAAUAUGGGGUUAUGUGAAUGCAUGCUGUUUUCCUACUAUUUCUGUAGUUACUUUUGGCUUAAAGAGAGUUUUUUUUCUUAAUACUUGUCAGUAUUGGUCUUUGUCUCUGGGUCACACUGUGAUUGAUUAAGUUUUAUUAAAACAUGAGACUCCUGAGUCUGAGCUGAAUCAAGACAACAUUUGUGCAAUAAAAGCGAUUCA